GCCAACCGGCUUCUUCCUGUUGAUGACGUCACACUGCGCCGCAUGCUUUUCGCCAGCCACAGUUGGAAUGCAUGCAUUGGGGUUGACGGUCCGGAUGGGCCGUUGCCUGUUAUAUGCUGGCAUCUCCGCAGCGGCGUUGUGAGCAACGACACUGAAAGCAACAAUAAUAUUGUUAAUUACUGCUCAAAACUAUAACACAUUUAAUCACUUACACAAUUUACACACGCUUCUUGCCUAGGAGUUGUGGGACCAGCUACCGAUAAUGCCAACAAUACCGGGAAACGCGUCGCGGGACAUCGAUAACAAUUUGGCGGUUAAAAUGCUAGAACAUCGAGUACCAGACAUGUUUUUCCUGCCGAUAUAUCGAAGCCCAAUAGCCCGCCAACGCUCAAAACAUAAAUCGGAGUGUGAGACCAGAUACCGAAGCCGUUAAAAGCUUCGCGGUAUAUCGAUAACAAUUUGGCGGUAAAAAUAUUAGAACAUCGAGUACCAACCAUGUUUUUUUUUUUUUUUUUUUUUCCUUCCGAUUAAUCGAAGUCAAACAGCCCGCCAACGCUCCAAAUUUAAAUCGGAGUGUGAGACCAGCUACCGAUGCCGGUAAAAGCUUCGCGGGAUAUCGAUAACAAUCAGGUGGUUAAAAAUACUAUAACAUCGAGUACCAGCCGUGUUUUUUCCUGUCGAUUUAUCGAAGUCCAACAGCCCGCCUUCGCUCCGAACACAAAUCGGCAAGUCAGUAGCUUUUUUAACCCGGCAGUGGCGCCUGUGCAGCAGCUAUUUAAAGUGAAAAACACGAAACGCAACAACAAAAUGGACGGCCAUAAUGGAGACAUAAAUGAAGGAUGGGCAACAGUACUAUCUAUCUCGUCGGAUGAUAGUAACCAACCUUCGUCGCCGCCGUCAAUUAUAGUCUCAUCGCUGGACACCACGCCAACGUCAAACGAAACCACCAUAGUAAGAAGAAGCCUACACAACCCAAAAGCUGACAUGAAAUCUUACGAUUUUGAAAAUAUUGUAUUAAAUGAAAAUAAAAAUACCAUAUUGCCAGAUCCUUUAUUUGUUGAUAAAUGCGGAAAUACUGCUAAUACCACAGAAGCCAAUGAAAAAAAGCCUGCCAAUAGCCCCUUCCCCAUUUCCAUUAUCAAGAAUUUUAGCACUUCCUCGCCACUAACACAUGUAGACACGCCUACACAAGAAGAUGACGCCAGUGCAUUCAAUACAUUGAAAGCAGCUAAAACAGCUAGAAUAAUUUCUCCCACACACACACAGAUAAAGCCCGCCAAACCCUCGCCCCCUUCCAAAGAAUUAAGCACAAACUCAGCACCCAAAACUCUUAGCUACACAGACAAAAUUACAGUAACACAGAAAAAUCUACCCGACAAAACACAUGUAGACACACCUACACAAGAUGACGACAUUAAUGCAACCAAAGCAUCAAAAACCGCCAAAAUAAUUUCUACACAGUUACACCUACGUGAAACCAAGCCAACACAGCCCGCCAAAGACCCCUCACCCCGCACCCAAAAGCCUAUUGCAAACAAAGCAGCCGAGACACUCACCCACACAGACAAACUCAUAGCAUCACAAAACCUAGUUCCCGCCAAAACACAUAUAAACUCCCCCACACAAUAUAAUGACACUAAUGCAACCAAAGCAUCAAAAACCGCUAAAAUAAAUUUCUCUUCACACUCACACCAAAGUGAAACCAAGCCAACACAGCCCGCCAAAAACAUUUCACCCCUCACACAAAAGCAAAUCACAAGCGAAACAGCCGGGACACACACCCAUACAGACAAACACAAAAACACAGCAUCACAAAAUCUCUUUUCCGCCAAAACACACAUUAACUCACCCACACAACAUAACGACACUAGUGCAGCCACAGCAUCAAAAACCGCUAAAUUAAUUCUCUCCCCACACUCACACCUAAGUGAAACCAAGCCAACACAGCCCGCUUUAAGCCCCUCACCCCUCUCCCAGAAGCAAAUAACAAGCAUAGCAGCCAAGACACUCACCCACACAAACAAACACACAGCAUCACAAAACUUUAUUCCCGCCAAAACACAUAUAAACAUACCCACACAAUAUAACGACACCAAUGCAACCAAAGCAUUAAAAACCGCAAAAGCAGCUUCUCCCUCCCACACAUACUCACGCCAGACAAAACCAAUAAAGCCCGCCAUAAACGCAUUGCAUGCCGCCCAAGACACAAACCCAAGCCCAGCAAUCAGUGCUGUCACUUACACAGACAAACCCACAGCUACUCAGAAUAUUUUUCCUGUCAAAACUUUUGCAGAGCUGAUUAGAGAAAAUGCAAAACGCUCACCAACUCCAAUGCAAAAUCCCCCUCAAGCAAAACAUGACUCUGCCGCCCUCGGACGCCCUCCGACUGCAGCUAGAAAAAAUCUAAAUAAAACACUGAUUUCUCCUAAAACUCCUGGGAAGCGCCGUGGGGACUGUCUUGAUGAAGGCCUACUUCAAACCUCUAACAAAAAGGUUAGAAUACGCGACGACUUCUCUGAUGAUGAUCUGGGGGUCACAAACCUACUCUCUGAAACACCCUUAUUCAAAAGCAAAGCAGCUAUUAAGAUUCGGCAAGACUCGAGAAGAGAAUCCCUGCAGAAGUCAGCUGAAAUGGACACAGCUCCAGCAAUAAGUCCCUCAAACGCAGCAGCCGAUCCCGACCUACCGCCCUGGAAAACUGUUCCAGCUAGCAGAAAACCACCAUCAAUCUUCCUGUCCAAUAUACAGCAGAUUAUCCCGCUAAUAGAAAAACUAAACUAUAAAGCCGGGGUAAAUAGCUUUACUACCAAGUCUGAACUUGGCAACAAUAUUAGAAUCCAGGCUAAAACGAUGGACGCCUACAAUGCAAUUCAGAAUGUCCUCCUUGAAGCAAACAUUCCCCUACACUCUCACCAGCCAAAGAGUGCAAAGGGCUUCCAAAUUGUAAUUAGGCACCUCCACCAGUCAACCCCGACCAAAUGGAUUGAAAGCCAACUUCAAGACAUCGGUAUAGCUACAAAAUUUAUCAGGGCAAUGCAGUUUAGGGACACGAGAAAUCCUAUGCGCAUCCAUGAGGUUGAGGUUGUACCCAAGGCUGACGGCAGCCAUCUUAAGGUCCUGCUAAUAAAAUCCCUUGGAGGACAAACGGUCAAGGUUGAAAGGAAACGGGUAUCGAAGGAUCCUACACAAUGCCAUCGCUGCCAAUGCUUUGGACACACAAAAAAUUAUUGCAGAAACCCGUUUAAAUGUAUGAAAUGUGGCCAGCUGCACGCCACGGUCUCAUGCACCAAACCCAAAAACCUUCCGGCUACUUGUGCAAACUGCAAUGGAAGCCACGUUAGCAGCUAUAAAGGAUGUCCUGUUUUCCAAGAAGCAAAGCAAAGACUAUCUAUCAACAAAAUGCAAUCCCUUCACUCACAACCCACCCACCUUCAGACCCCCCGCAAUAAACAUCCCUACCCAAAACCCACCCACAUUCAGACGCCCCUCAAUAAGCAGCCCUACACACACCCCCUCCCUCGCACAUUAGUAAACAACACAAAACUACCUGCCAAAAGAAUCCAAGGAAAGAAGAUAUCGCAAAGGAAUCUAUCUAUAAAUAAACGCUUAAACAGAAUCAGGACAUUGGACAGAAAACCGAGGAAUGAGACAAGCCCGCCGACAACUAGCAAAAAGGUCUUGGCCUCUCUAGAAGAAAGCAGAAAAAACCCAAAUAGCGCCCUAAACCCGGCCAACACCCAUCUCACUCAUUUCCGCCCACCACCAUUAGCACAAAAUAUUCCUAAUGACGAAUCUAAGGAGGUGAGUGGGGAGCAAUACCUUUUAAAUCGCAUUGAAGGGAUGGAAAAGAAGCUCAACAACCUUCUUGAAAUCGUCACCCGCCUACUAAGCCAAGGAAAAGACUGUCCAAAGUCUCCAAAAAAUCCUUUCCGAGAUCCAAUCUUCGUUUAA